AUGUUCAUCUCCAGUUCCGCAUCUUCUUCUUCGAGAAGGAUGAAGACUGCCCAAAAGCCGUCUCUGACGAGCGUCAUCCUCGGUCUUUCGUGCGCAAAAGCAGCACUGGCCGAUCCAGCAAAUGCGGGGGGUGCAGCCGUCGCACCAAAGAAAGAUGGGAAAAUGGCGUUUGUCUUCAAGUUAAGAUCUAGAAGGUUUCUUACUUGAUGUUUGUUCUACUUGAUGUUUCUUCUACAGGUUGUACAGAGAUUUAUUUUGCUGGCCACGCACUAUCUUAGGAUGUAGAUGUAGAAGACGGUGGCACUGGCACGUAGCACGAGAUGGAGUGCAAGAUGACGAUGAAAACUGUCAUAGGAUGUAGAAGUUGCACUUAGUCUUAGCAAUAAAUGAAGUUGACUAGUAUUACUCCAAUCAAACUAUGCAUCUCCCUCUACUAUCUCCCUCUAACCGCCGAUUCCAACGGUAAUGCAGUCCACGAUGAAUCUGCCGUGAAGCCAGCACUCCAGCAUGCGAGUUUGGUGAUGCAGCAUCGUCGGGACAGUGAACACAGCAGUGACAUCCCAGGAGAAGAAGAGCAUAGCGAUCAGCCACGACGAUUGAUUAAGGCUCAUUAUCAUAAUAGGGAUGGAGCCAACCUAACUAGAAGAAGCAAAAAAAGGAAAGCAUGUAGAUUAUAUAAAACAGGGUUUAGAUUAAUUUAAUGGCCAUGCUCGUAAUUGGGUAAAUGAUAACUCUUUCAUCAUCUUGAUAGAUUGUUCUUCACGUUCACACAGCUAAACAGAGUUUCAUUUUUUCUUUGCAUGUUUCCGUGUUAGAGGCUGGGAAGAUGGUGCUGCCCUCAAAAGAAAAUGUAGAUGAAUUAUAAUGUGUUGAGCUCGCUCUAAAAUGAAGAAGCACGAGCACGAACACCCGCCUCAUCAUGUUACGUCCUCUCGAGGCACUGAGCAGCAGCACGAAGGAGGAUUGAUGCAUGACUUUAUGAGACGGAUACUGCAUAAACAUAGAUUGAGAAGAAGAUGCUUAGAAGUUACGAAGUAGUAGCAAAUUAUUCGGACUUGUAAUACCAGAUACAUUCAUUUUGCAUCUGAGAUGUUCUUCAUCGCGUUAUCAUGUAACCCCUUCCCAACUGGGACUCUAAGCCUUCCUCCAUGGAUUCUCAGUAUGAUAACUAUUUCCAGGUCCGAAACCAUCCGAACUCGACGCUUCUGCACGAUCCAGACUUCAAUUUUGAGAUGGAGAUGGAACGCCAUUUUCAGACCCACAACCUGAAACGCAAUACCACUACCGAGAAGAAACAUUAUGGCUCUUUCUUGUGAUGAUCCAUUUUCAAAGAAAGACUCUUUCAUUAACACCGACUCUCUCGGAAUGAAUCCUUCACCUUCUUCCUUGGAAGAUUCACUCACAGUAGAGAGGUAGUUUCCACUAGGAAAUGAAUUCGCGAAAGCUCCUCUAAGACCAGGAGAAGAAGAAGAAGUUGCUGGAGGAUUUCUUUGCGGUGGAUUCAGAUGGUGAGGUGUCAGAUGCAGACGGUGAACCAAUGGUGACGACGAGACGUAGUUACUUGUUGCUCCGUUUCGUCUCUGAAUGAUUUGAUGAUCUGUAUUCAUCUAAGUAGGUCUAGGUGGUGAGUAUUCAUCUAAGUAGGUGGUGAGUUGUAGUACAUUAACCUUGAUGUUGUUGUGCUUGUGCUAUCUAAGUAGUUGGUGAGUAGUACAUUAACCUUGAUGUUAUACAUUUUUAAUCACUCAGUGGUACAUUUUUAAUCACUCAGUGGUCAAUGCUGAGUAGUACAUUUUUAAUCACUCAGUGUAGUUAUAAAAAGCAACGAUCUAGCUUCUCUUCAUAAUUAUGUUCAACAAGGGCAAGAACUUAGAUCAUUUACGUCCAUCCAAAAACUCCCACAGAAACCCGAGCAUCGGAGUCUCAGCUCACUAUGAACACGGCACACAUUUCGUUUGUCAACCAGCGACGCGCGGAACGCAAGACCAAAGCGGUCGAAGAAGUGGCACACGAAGUCAAGACAGAUACCACGGAGAGUCAGGUAUUAUCUUUCAAAUCGGAAGAUGUUGGAGUUGGAAUUGGAUUUGAAGUCUUUAUCUACUCCGUGGCACAAAUAAGUCUUUCUUGAAUCAAGUUUCUGAGAAACAGUAUUCGACACUCGUGGCACAAAUAAGUCUUUCUUGAAUCAAUUCAGAAACAAUUGUAUUCGACACUCUGUAAUAAAUUAUUUUCACUAUUUUUACUAUCGAUCUCCAAGCACUCCAUUGUGAUUUCGACUCCUCGACAAGAACAACCCGCCUCGAUUCUCAACAGUAUUGGCUCAUCGCGAGUCUCGCAUUGGUGGCCGUCGCCCUAGUAGUGGGUCUCGGCACGUGGAUGCGCGGUGAGAAGAAGCGCUUCGGCUCAAUCCACAAGAAGUUCGAGAUCCCAGAAGACCUACCUCCAACAGCAAAUGAUAUGAUCUAG